UGUGAUUAUAAAAAGCCAGCCUUCAGCCCCAGAGCCAUAACCUCACUGCUGUCCCCAUCUACCAUCAGGCUCCAGGAAGGAAGAUUCCUCCUCUCUCCUCCUCCAAGGGCCAGUGACGAGGCCUGCGCGCGGCGCCACCAUGCGGCAGAAGGCGGUAUCGCUCUUCUUGUGCUAUCUGCUGCUCUUCGCCUGCGGCGGGGUGGAAGCCGGCAAAAGAAGACAGGCAAAAGAAGAGCGCUCAAAGGACAGCGGCUCCGGGUUCUGGGGCGCCCUGACCUACAUGGCUGUCGGAGGAGGGCUCCUGGCCGCGGGGCUGCCCGCUCUGGGCUUCACGAGCGGCGGCAUCGCCGCCAACUCCGUGGCCUCCUGGCUGAUGAGCUGCUCCGCCGUGGCGAACGGGGGCGGAGUGCCCGCCGGGGGACUGGUGGCCGGGCUGCAGAGCCUCGGGGCCACUGGUGGCAGUACCCUCUUGGGCAAGAUUGGUGCCUUACUGGGCUACACUGUCCACAAAAGCCUUGGAAACAGCAGGGAGCAGGAGGAGGAAGAGGGGGAGGAGUAGCCAAGGCUCCCGGGAAGCCCUUCCUUCCAGUUGUAGUGGAGAGUUUUCUCUGUCACACUCAUCAAUGACCUAAGUGGGAAAAAAAACCCAACCAGAAUAAAAUUGUCAGGAAACA